GCCGCGCAGUCUCCGCACCCCGAGCCACCGCCCCCAUCGCCCCUCCCCGCCCGCCCCGCCGACUCCGACGCGUGGCCGUGGAGGCUCUUAGGGAACUUCCGUCCACCUGUCUUAGAGAGGAGCCAGUCUCCACCAGCAGCCAGGAUGGGGGAGUUCAAUGAGAAGACGACAUGUGGCACCGUCUGCCUCAAGUACCUGCUCUUCACCUUCAACUGCUGCUUCUGGCUGGCUGGUCUGGCCGUCAUGGCAGUGGGCAUCUGGACGCUGGCCCUCAAGAGUGACUAUAUCAGCUUGCUGGCCUCGGGCACCUACCUGGCCACAGCCUACAUCCUGGUGGUGGCUGGCGUUGUCGUCAUGGUGACUGGCGUUCUGGGCUGCUGUGCCACCUUCAAGGAGCGGCGGAACCUGCUGCGCCUGUACUUCAUCCUGCUCCUCAUCAUCUUUCUGCUGGAGAUCAUUGCUGGCAUUCUGGCCUACAUCUACUACCAGCAGCUGAACGCUGAGCUCAAGGACAACCUGAAGGACACCAUGACCAAGCGGUACCACCAGCCAGGCCAUGAGGGUGUGACCAGUGCUGUGGAUAAGCUGCAACAGGAGUUCCACUGCUGUGGCAGCAACAACUCACAAGACUGGCGGGACAGUGAGUGGAUCCGCUCGGGCCAGGCGGGCGGCCGUGUGGUUCCCGACAGCUGCUGCAAGACUGUGGUGCCUGGCUGUGGGCAGCGGGACCACGCCUCCAACAUCUACAAGGUGGAGGGUGGCUGCAUCACCAAGCUGGAGACCUUCAUCCAGGAACACCUGAGGGUCAUCGGCGCUGUGGGCAUUGGCAUCGCCUGUGUGCAGGUCUUUGGCAUGAUCUUCACAUGCUGCCUGUACAAGAGCCUGAAGCUGGAACACUACUGAGCAUGGGUGUACCACUGUGUAUGCCGCAGCCUCGCCACCUGACUACUGAGCUGACACUACUGAGGGCCAGGAGCUGGGCUUCCAGGAUGCUGCUCCUUCCCCCCUCCCCACUCUGCCAGGGAGGGUGCGUUCUUAAGCCCAUGUGCACAUCCCCAAACCAUCACCAUAACCUCUGGGGAUCCCCACCCUCAGAGGGAGCUACAAGUGCCUUUCUCUGCAGACCAAAGGCCUGAAGCUUGCCCCCCCAGGGUGGGGAAGGAGCAGUACCUCUGCCUGUGAGUGGGGUCACAGGACCUUGGGGUUCCUGAUGCCUGCGCUCAGCUGGAGGGGCGGACCCACUCUAGGAUGCUCCUAGACCCCCAGAUGUUCCCAUGCAGUCUAAGGAGGACUUGGCUGGGUGGGGUAGGUGAAGGGAGUACAGGACACCUGCAUGUGAGGAGUCCCAGGUGUCCGCAGAUCCCUGGGAAAGCCAAGUAAGCCCGGUCCUGCCCUGGGGGUCCUGGGCCUCUUGUCCUGAAGUCUCUGCUGCCCGAGCCUCUGCUUGGACUUCCCCACCUCUCUCCCCAAAGGCCACACAUUUACUUGUCCACAGUCCUCUCUCCUUCCCAGAAGCAGGGGGGUUUGUGGGUUUUAUUCACUGCUGUUAUCACAAAUGCCUAGAACUGCUCGUGCCACACAAUAGGCGCUCAAUAAACGUUUGUGGAAUGGA